CCCAUCUCUGCCACCGCAAACCUGUCUGUCUCCUUCUCCUGCCAGGCCUCUCAGGGAACGCUGGCCCUGCUACCAGAGCCCCAGGAGCCCCCAUGAGUGCUGGAUAGCGAGCCCCGGCUGGUCCAGGGCUGGGCAUCCACCAUGCCGCCCAUCCUCCAGCGCCUGCAGCAGGCCACCAAGACCAUGAGCCGCAGGAAAAUCCUGCUGCUGGUGCUAGGGUGCAGCACCAUAAGCCUCCUCAUCCACCAGGGGGCGCAGCUCAGCUGGUACCCCAAGUUGUUCCCCCUGAGCUGCCCGCCACUGCGAGAGUCACCACCGCGCCCCAAGCACAUGACCGUGGCCUUCCUGAAGACACACAAGACAGCGGGCACCACGGUACAGAACAUUCUGUUCCGUUUUGCCGAGCGCCACAACCUGACGGUGGCCCUGCCGCACCCGAGCUGCGAGCACCAAUUCUGCUACCCGCGCAACUUCUCGGCUCAUUUCGUGCACCCAGCCACGCGGCCGCCGCACAUGCUGGCCAGCCACUUGCGCUUCGACCGCGCAGAGCUCGCGCGCCUCAUGCCACCAGGCACCGUCUACGUCACCAUUCUGCGCGAGCCGGCAGCCAUGUUCGAGUCGCUCUUCAGCUACUACAACCAGUACUGCCCAGCCUUCCGGCGCGUGCCCAACGCAUCACUUGAGGCCUUCCUUCGCGCGCCCGAAGCCUACUACCGCGCCGGCGAGCACUUCGCCAUGUUCGCGCACAACACGCUGGCCUACGAUCUGGGCGGCGACAACGAGCGCAGCCCGCGCGACGAUGCCGACUACCUCGCGGGGCUUAUCCGCCAGGUGGAGGAGGUUUUCUCGCUCGUCAUGAUCGCCGAGUACUUUGACGAGUCGCUCGUGCUGCUACGGCGCCUUCUGGCCUGGGACCUGGACGACGUGCUGUACGCCAAGCUCAACGCACGCGCCGCCAGCUCGCGCCUGGCCGCCAUUCCCGCAGCGCUGGCGCGGGCCGCGCGCACCUGGAACGCGCUGGACGCCAGCCUCUACGACCACUUCAACGCCACCUUCUGGCGCCGAGUGGCGAGCGCCGGCCGCGCGUGCGUAGAGCGCGAGGCGCGCGAGUUGCGCGCGGCCCGGGAGCGCUUGCUUCGACGCUGCUUCGGGGCGGAGCCGGUGCUUCGGCCCGCUGCGCAGAUCCGCACCAAGCAGCUGCAGCCGUGGCAGCCUAGCCGCAAGGUAGACAUCAUGGGCUACGACCUGCCCAGCGGCGGCGCCGGCGCUGCUACCGAGGCCUGCCUCAAGUUGGCCAUGCCCGAAGUCCAGUACUCCAACUAUCUGCUGCGCAAACAGAAGCGCCGGGGCGGCGUGCGGGCUCGACCCGAGCCCGUGCUGGACAACCCCCCGCCUCGGCCCAUCCGAGCGCUGCCCCGUGUCCCCCAGGGCCCCUGACCUCUGCCUGCCUCCGAAGCCUGGGGCCUGCCCUGCUCUCCCAGGAGCCAGCCUGGAGCUGCCUCGGCCCCUGCCCCAUCACAGCCCUUUCUUCACGAGGGCCUUGAUCCCCGUGCCGAAUUUGGGGGUCGCCUCGCAUACUGGCCCAUCUCCCUGGGGUGGGCUGAUCCCCGCCUUUGGGGAGGGUGCUGAUAGGCCCGAUCGAGCCCCGGGCCACUCCCUCCUUCCCAAAUGGUUGGUGACUUGGACAAGAGGUCUGAGGCCUGUCCAGAACUGCCCACCCUGCCUUUUUCUGGGG